AUGCCGUCACCAAUUUUUCUUUCACGGCCCUCGGCAGGUUUUACGUUUGUUUCUGUAUUCAGAGGUGCUCAAUUAACAGUCCUGGGAACAUAUAGAGCUCUGAGGAACCCGGAACUUAUCAAACAUGGAUAUUAUAGAAAAGCAGCUAUAGCAGUGGGCAUUUCAAUUGUAGUCCAACUGAUCUUAUGGCUUCCACUAGUUGUAUUGAGAUGGGCUCUAGAGUUUUCUGCAUAUAUCUCGGGAAGUUCUAAUCAUCAUACCGAGUCUGUAAUAGACACUCUACGGUUUCUACAGAACAACGUAUUUAAUGUGGGUCCACUACUGAUAUCAGGAGUUAGAUUCUUCAAACCAGAAAUGGAUGAUCUAUUUUUGAUCUCUCUCAAAUUUGUGGAUCGGGUUUAUAAAUCCAAACAUCCUGAUACGGACCGCCAGUACUAUCCUGCUUUGAUAGAGUCUGGCAGACAUUAUCAGAGAGUAGAUGGUAUUGGUGGCAGUCGUGUCAGUAGUUGGGUUGAACAUGUUGUUCCUGGCUGGGUAGUUCAAAACACUACAAUUAAUGGCCAUACUGCUCCUUCUCUUCCUCCUCGGCCCACCUCAUCAGCAUCCAAUACUCCUCCAUCAACCCCUCCGCCAGACCAACCUCCUGCUCAAUCCAUCGCUACCAACAAUAACAAUAACAACAGUAAUAUCAACUCGAGGAGAAAUAACGGUAGCAGAGGAUCGAAACGAGCAUUUUUCGAUUUCCUGGCUAACUACGUACAACGAUCAGGUACGACGUUACUCGCACUGCUAUUUUCUCAUGUGCCCAUUAUAGGACCACUAGUACUUCCUGUCCUAUCGUUCAUGUCGUUUAAUUCAGUAGCAGGAACUCCUGCUGCUGUUGUGGUAUUCGCAAUUGGGUUCAUGGUUCCUCGUAGAAUGAUGAUUGUGUUUCUAUCAUCAUUCUGGGGAUCUCGGUCACUAGUCCACGAACUGCUCAUCCCUUACUUCUCGCGCCUUUCCUUCUCCAAGCCCCAGAAAACUCUGUGGUUCUCCAACAGGCAGGGAAUCAUGUUCGGAUUCGGGGCUGGAUUCUAUUUAUUUAUGAAAAUACCUUUUAUUGGUGUUCUUGUCUAUGGACUGGCUGAAGCAAGUGCUGCUUAUCUCAUCACCAAAGUGUCAGACCCUCCUCCACUACAGAUUGUCAAAAUCAGCCAAUGGACCGAACACCAGACCCACUGGACUGCUGACGAUAAAGUCAUCAGCGAACGCAUCGAUUCUGAUGACGGUUUCUCUUCUGCCAACUUCUCAGCCUCGAUACCUGGUGGCCCUGGUGGCUGGACUUCUUAA